UUUUGUUUCUGCAAAGUUGUAAAGCAAAGCAAAACAAACAAAAAUGAGUGCUGCCACAACUACAGCCGGCAAUGGCGCAAGGCCUUCUAAAACACUUCGUGGUCGUCGCAAUGGUCGCCCUCCCUGGGACCCCUCUGCUGCGUAUCGUCCCAAGAAUGCUUUGGAGAAGCAAGCCAUGCAAUCGCACGCCUUUCGCCAAAAAGUGCAAACUGCCAAUGGAGCCACCAUCUGCAACACUACUAGUGACAAGGUGGGAAGACUCCCCCUUAAGGAUCUCUUGACCAGUGACAAGUUUUGUGUCCCCAUUUUCCAACGACGCUAUUGUUGGACUCCACUGCAAUGGCAGACUUUGCUAGAUGACAUUCAAGCUACCCUCGAGUCUCAGCACCAACAUUCUCUAGGUAGACUCACCUGUACAAACAACAUUGGCAAGACCAAUCCCAAAAGCAACAUUACCAACACCAACAAUACCUUGACGGGAGUGCAAAUGAUUCCAGAAGGAAGAUCUUGCAUUCUGGAUGGACAGCAACGCUUCACCACAGUCACCAUCCUGCUCGCUGCCAUUAGAGAUCUACUGCCAGAAAAUGACAACGACAACCUCAAGUUGAUUCAUUCCAUCAAUAGCUUGAUUUUCACAGAUGUUAUCCAACUCAGAGCAUGGUGCCACAAGCCGGAUUCUCAGCUACAAGAAGGCAUGGAACUCGAUUUUUCCAGGUUGGUACCCACUUAUUGCGAUCGAUACUCCUACUAUACUGCCGUGCUGCCCAAGUCAGACAAGACACAAGCGGCAUUGGUAGAGUUGGAAUCAGCGUCAUCAUCCAUCACCAAUAAUUCGUGGCACCGCCCACUUCAAGCCAAGAACUAUUUCUUGUCCCAACUACAAUCAGCAUCAACACAACGACUCCAAUCUAUCGUUCAUGCCCUUUUGAACAAUUGUAACAUGCUCUACUUUCCAGUGGAUAUUCAUCAAGGCCAUCAAGAUGGGACCGAAGAUCUCAUGGUCAUUUACGAACGAUUGGCCAUUCGAGAUGCCACCUAUUGCGCCCCCAACCGUGUCGGAGAAUUUCAAACCAUGGAUGGAGCCGAUAUGAUUCGCAACCUGCUCCUCGGAAGCAUGGAUACGCCCGCCAAUGCACUCGACUUUUACAAAACGUACUGGCUACCACUCGAACAACAGAAACAACAACGACAAGACGACGACGACGCGUCCAAUGAUACUAAUGAGACCAGCAGUAGUAUUGGAAACUUGAUACAGUCCUUUCUGGAGCAGCAAUCGCGUCGCAAAGACGGUAAGAAUGAUGAUGAUGAUGCCAAGAAAACAGAUGGAGCUGCGGAGGACGAAGAGGAAACCCCGUCGAGUAAUGUCAAAAAGGGUAUCAUUGGAGGACAGAUCUAUGCCGACUUUCAGGCAUGGUUCGCUGCUAGGCUACACGAGAGUAAGAGCAGCACAAACCAAGACCAAGACGGGCGUGACGCAAACCAGAACCAUCUGGUUCGUACAGUUGGAGAGGAGCUGCUCCAGUUCAGCCAAGAAUCUCAUGGUGCUUAGAAAUUUCCGCUGUUAAAAAAAUAUACGUAUAAUCAAUAUAGCAAUGUGAUUCGUUUUG